CUGGUCAAGUUAUAAGCCUUUCAGACAAAUCCCGUAUGAUCUUCAUCAUCGUCUCCUGUUUUGUCUGGAAAACAAGACCCUAACCACUUUCCUCCACAACCAAGACCUUAAAUUCUCCGAUCAGAAACACCAGGGAUUUUGAUAAUUGAUCAUCGAUUUCAUCGACAUGGUAAGCCCUUUCGGAAGCCCUUGUUCAUCUCCGAGAAAAUCGAGGAAGGACAAGAACCCAUAUUCGUCUCGAGGGCUCGACAAAUUUUCUGCUCUUCUGUCCGAUCUGGAAGAAAAAAGACAGAAGAUUUACGCGAAACUCGGCUCGGAAGAGGCUCCUCUCGUCAGGUUCGUGUUCAAGAGUUCAGGCGAGUGUGUUCCAUUGAUCAUCAAGUCAUCAAACCUCGAGAAAACUCCGGGAAAGACCGUUCGAGAUGCCAAGAUCAAGGCCUCGGUUCAAGAAUCUAAACCCGAGAGCGAGUCCAAAGGAAGUUCAGAUGGAGAAGCGAAGCACACAGAGGCAGACCCAGAUAAGAAAACCGAGCAAAAACCAUGUGUACUGAACGUAAACCUCCAGAGAAUGAAGAGACCGAGCCACUAUUUGCCGGUGACGGUGAUAUUGGUCCUUGUGUUCUUGGCAUUUUUUGGACGUUCGGUGGCGAUUAUGUGCACUUGUAUCGCCUGGUACUUGGUUCCAACGAUCAGAGAUCGUAGCGGAAACAAGAAGACGGCGAUGAAGAAGAAGAGUUUCGCGAGGAAAUUGAGUAACGAGAGCAGAGGAUCGUCGUUCAACCCAAGAACUCGUGAAAACGCGGCUAUCAAGGAGAAGUUUCCCUGUUUGGCUGCUCGUGGACGAAGCUCCUGAAAACGUCUUGUUCUUGUUCUUCUGUGUCUUUGUUUAUACUUGUUAAUAAUGGAGACAGAUGAAACCAUAGUAAGCAAGAACCUGAAUCUUUGUUUUUUAAUCUCUUUUGUUUUUUGGGUUCCGACAGUUCAUAGAAAUGUAAAUAUUUGUCGAGCUGCUUCUUGCCGUCGACUUGUAUCUUUUGAUGAAACGAAGUGAUGUGCCAAAAAAUUGAUCUC